CCAUGGUCAGAUGCUCAAAGACCUGACGGUUGACUUCAUAGAGUUUUUUUGCUUUGGACUGUUGUUAACAGAAAGCCAUUUCUGCCGGGAAGGGCUUACGUGAGGUCAAGCCUUUUGUGGAGUUUACAAUAGGGCACAAAUGAUGGACUAUAAAACUGGAAGGAAAAGAACACAUUGCUUCUUGUUUCGGAUGAAGGCCAACUAAAGGCACGAUGCCUUAGGAACUACUGCACUACUGUAGCUCCGGUGGAAGGUCGUGUGUACAAUUCUGAGGUCUGUGUUUGCGUGAAUGACUGAGCAAAUGAGGCCAUAGGUCCUUGCCCACGACCCUGCAGAAUGACUUCAGUUGAGCUGCGCCGCUCAGGCCGAAAGAGUGCCGGCCAUCGAAAGCACAGUGAUGGAGGCUACAGCGACACCUCCAGUGUUGGAUCCUAUCUGGACGAGACUGACCGCGAGGUCAGCAGCCUGACGGAUCGAGCCUUCAGGAGUCUCUGCAUUGGAGAUGAGGCCGUUUACAAUGACUCGGAUCUCUGUUCGUCCUCUCCGUGCAGCCAGAGAGACAGACAGCUGGCCUUUUGUCAGAGAGGUCGGGAGGACAGAGACACAGGUGACAACGAUGGGGAGGACCUUGACAGGACUGUACAUGAAAGCUUCCGCCUUAAGGUGCAGCAGUAUGGACAGGACCAGAUCCAUGGGCGACUAUAUGAGGCUGACGUACAGAGAGAUCCGCGGUGGGAGAUUAACGGGGAAAGAGGACAAGGGAGGGUUUCUGCCACAUUCCGACGCUCCUUCGUGGAAACCUCUCAACAGGAAGAGUAUCUAGGGGAAGAACAGUCUUCCUUCCACAGCAACGGAGCCACAGAGUCGAGUACGCGGCAACGUAGAAGUCGCUCAAGAGUUUCUUCUCUGAUCAGAGCUUUUAACUCCGAGGGACAUAGGGAUGGAGCAGGAACGGAUGGUAAACUCAGAGAGUGGAAUGAUGAGACAAGCUGGGACAAAUCAGCUCUGAUGAGUAUGCGAAGGGAACUUUCCGAGUUCUCUACGUCUUACCAGCAAAACAGUGGUAAUUUCCCCUCAGCUGGUCCGUUCUCAUCCCAUCACAACAACUUCCACUCAGCGGCUCACGUAAAUUCGGCAUCGUUUUUUAUAAGCUCCUCCCACAGUAGACAAAGCAUGUCCGAGCAACACGGCCAGUCUAACUUCUUUAUACACAGUGAGUUUAGUCCCUUCAAGCUAUGGAGGGACCAUAGCAGGUUUCCCUUCCAACAGGCCGCACCCUCAGGGUUUAUGCACUGUUCAGAGAUCCCCAAAUGGUAUGAGACACCAAUGUACAGGGAGCUUUCACUAGAUGCCCAACCACAGGGUCCUCAUCGGUUUGAUGAGAGGGGUAUCAGACAACCGAGAAAUACCAUGGCACCCGCGGCUCCUCCCACUCUUCCACGCCCCACCUCAACAUCCACGUUACUACAAAAGGCUUCAGCCGUGGAGAAGCGCUGUGAGUCAGAGUUGACGGGUCAUUACCCCCACAAGACGUGGAUGCAGAGCCCGGGAACUAAAAGGUUCCCGUCGCAGCGGCCGUCGACCGCAUCACCUACCAGCGAGAUGUCCCGGCGUGUUCAGGACACCAUCAGCUCCGUCAAAGCCCUGCAGCAAAAAAUCAAAAUGAUGACGGAGCAAAACACUGCAGCGGCGACAACAGCAAAUGAACAAGGAGGUCUCUGUAGCAACACUCAUUUGAAUCCUUUCGGCAACAACGCAGCAAAUGCUGUCGGUGGUAACACAAGCACGACUCCCUUCAGCAUCAGCCACCUGCUAUCGCCUUCAGUCCAUGCACAUUACGAAGCGGAGGCAACAGAGGUCCGGCGUCCCGCUGUUAGCCCUCAACCUGUGGAGCAUCCUCCGGUGCGGGCCGAGAGCAGGGGAGCCACGCCUGAUGUCAGGGGGUCCAGCUACAAAUCCAGGGCCACGGGCCUACUCUUCAAUCUCAAAGACAACAGGAAAAGAGUAAAAAGCACUUACAGCCCAGCCACUUUCAAAGGAUCAGAGACCCUGGAGAAAAACAAACACUACUCUACCCAGGAAGCUAGAGACACUGUGAUAGAUAUCCCUGAUUUUCCCGAUCCGGACCCGCAACUUUUCCGGGGAGAGGAAUCCAGCGUGGCAAAUGCUGACUCACGUCAACAUGUGAACCAGAAUAACACCCCUGGAUUGUUUACAAGACAAAAUUCUCAAACUGCACAUACAGGGAUACGUCCAGAGUACACAUCAAGGGAUUACCACAGAGGUCGGAUACAAAAUGACAUGGUUAAUCCUUCUGAAUUCACUGGCUUCUUACCUGAAAAUAAUUCCACCUCUCGUCAGCCCGCAAACGGACAGAUUCUCCAUGAAGACUUAUGGUCCUUUCAUCCUCGUAAGCAAGACAAUACCCAUAAUGUAGAAACUCUGGGAGGAGAUCUGUACAGGUUUGAAACGUCUUAUACAGCUACAGAAAUACCAAGGCUAAAUGCUGACGACAAUCAACCAAGAGAAUAUUUAAUAAGUAAGGCAAAUGCUGAACAAAAUGUUAAUGAAACAGUGGGAAGGGAAUUCACAAAGGUGGAUGGAUAUGAGCAGCUGAAAGAAAACAAACAUGAUUACAGUAAUGUUUCCUCGGAGGAUAGGUGGAGACAAACAAACAGCCAAGACACAGAAAAUCUCCAUCUCUCUCCAUGGAAACAAGAGAUAACGGCUUUAACGGAUAAAGAGGCUCACCAAAGAGCAGACGUGAUGAAGGAGAAAGCAAAUUCACUGAACAAAAAAUACAGAGGGGAAAAUCAGAUUGGGAACAGUUUUGCUUAUGGUACAAAUUCUCAGAAAAAGGCUGAGUUGGUCAAUACUAAUAUUUCAAACCAGCAGCCACAAAAUGCUCCCUUUAGUUAUGACACCGUUGAAAGAUCAGCAUACAAUGGACAACAGCAACAGGGGACUUUAAAGGACAAAAAUCCACUUCAAAAGUAUAAUGGACACAUUCAUGAAAAUGAAUUUAAGGAUAAUAAUUUGACACAGAAGUAUAACAGACAUACGGAUCAACAAAGGAGAAACCAACACACCUUGUAUUCUAAUGAAGACAAGAGUAUGCUGUCACAGGAGACGCAUCAUAGAAAACGAUGUACGCCGAUUCCAAAGGGGCGUGAAACGCAAAGUCAGCCGCCAGCCGAACAGAGGCCCACACAGGCAAACCAGGCAAACCAGGCAAAAGCCAGACAGUUUGUCGAGGUCGGGACAGAAGCCCAUCACGCCCACGCAGAGCUGGAUACGGCUGGGUACGGAGCUCAAGUGGAGCAGCCCACAGCAGAGUCGGCUAGGUUAACUGGUUUAGAGAAAGUCAAAGCAGAUCAGGCCACAGCAGAACUAACGGAACAUUUUGAAGAACAGGAGCAGUCCAGAGAAAAACAACCCCAUUGGACAAGAAAGGAACAAACAGAAACAGAGCAAAUACAAAAACAGAAGGAAACAGAGGAGCCUACAAACAUUACAGAGGAAGUAGCAGCUCAGCACUCCAGAGAAGAGCACGGUGGGCAGGUCAAAGCAAUACAAGCUGAAGCUGAGAGGCUAAAAAAAGAACACAUAAAAACCGAACCGGCAAAGACAGAACAAGCCGAUCGGACGAGAUUAGAAGAAGAAGUUAAACUAGAGCAGAAGCAAAGGCAACAAGUUGAAACGGGACAAAAGACUAAAGUAGUUGAAGUGGAAAAGGUCAAAGCAAACAACAAUUUUGUUGAGGCUGUUAAACAAGAGAGCGGUGAGGAAGAAACAGCUGAAGCGAGUCAAGGUAACGCAGAUCAACUUACAACACAUAUCAAUAAAGCCAAAGGGAGGAAGGCAGAUCAGACAAAGUUGGAAAAAACCAAAGCAGAGCUCGUUGAAGCAGAGGCAACAAAAGACAUGCAAGAGAAGUGUUCUAAAACUGCAGCAAAACACACAGUGACACAACCGAUCAAAAGUGAGCCAGGAAACGUUAGGACAGAGCUGGCUGAAAUGAAAGCAGGAGAGCAAAAAGAGAAAACAGACCUUCCUUUAAAGUUGUGUAUAAAUAAAAAUGAAGAGGACAAAGGUCAAGCACAGGCAUCCCAAACACAUCAACAAAGGGAAGACAUAGUUGUCAGGGGGCAAUAUGUGGAUCAAGCUAAUAAAGGGUCUGAUGAGUAUGAGCGUCUUCGAGAGAAAUACGGUUUCAUUGAUACAGACUCUGUGAGCAAAAACAAAGCGUCAGCCACAGGAAAUGUUUCCUCAAAGGAUGCAACACCAGCUGCAUCUCUCGAUAGAGUUGAGACAACAGAUAACGAAAAAUCCAAAGAAAGUUCUAGUCCUAGAAGCAAAGCUGAGACAGCCAACACAGAAGAAAAGGAGGAAGUAGGUGUUUUUAAACCCACUGAGUUGACAGAGAGCCGGUAUGUUUGCAGCGAGUCAUCCAAAGAACUAAAAUUAUCUGGUGGAAAUCAUUUACCUAUAAAUGUAGAUCAAAUGAAUGAUAACAGUGUUGAAAACAAACUGUUGAAACAAACUGAUGUUUCACAGCACAGAGAUUCUGAUUCAGCUCAACUGCUUCCUCUUCAAAAGAACCUCAAGUCCACCGAACACUGUGCACGUCCAGGGAAAGAUCUGCAUUUUACUCCUCCCAGGGCCAGUAAAGAGAGAGCUCUGACCAAGCAAGAGAUUCUGACUUCCAAGAUAAAAGCGCACGCUGAAAAAGAGAUUUCAGCUAUUAAAGAAAAGGGUUUUGCUGUAAGAGACGGGUUUAUCUUCAAAAAUUCUACAAAGCAAUUAUCAGGCGGUCUAAGUUAUAACAUACGACAGAUGCCUCCAUCACAGGAAGUGCCCAGGAAGCAUGAAAGCACAAUACACAUUAAUACAACAACAAAGCACCUGAUGGAGCCUUCAGGACUACAAGAACCAAUGAAGAGCAACUACAAUGCGCCAAAACCACUCCGAGAAGAAGAAAAGAUGGGAAGUCACACCAUGAGCGCAAAUGAGGACUUGGGAGAAAAACAUAAGAAAUAUAAUACAUGUGAAAUUAAGUCAACAAUACAAAGUAAAGAUUUAUCCCCCGAAAACAAGCAAUGUAAUUUGGAGGCGAAUCAAGGAGAAAGCUCUGGAGAACCGAUCAAGAUUCCUGCCACAAACACUGACGAUCUGGACAAAAAGAAAGAGGGUCCAUCACAAGCUACGGCUGCGGUCAGAGCAGACGACUCUGAAAGCAUAUCGACAGAAAAGGAUGAGAGUAAAGCUGAAGCAGUUCAAGAGGACUCAGCACCUUCAAUAAAUUUGGUCUUUGGUCAGAAGGAGAUCCCUGCGGCUGAUGACAGCUUGCAGAUUAUGGGAAUAAUGGUAACUGUGCGGGAAAGAAAGCCAGCUACGGACAAUAGUCCGAGGACGAGCAGCACUCAGGAACAAAUGAUAGUAAAAGGGAUGGAUAGAUUUCAUCCUGCCUCAGGUCUGGAAGUAGGUGAAGGAAAUACAUCUUCAGAAGAAGUUAGUACAGUACAGAACACUCCUCCUACAGUGAAGCAAGAUCAGACUAAAGCUGAUAUUAAUGCUCAUCUCGAAAAUGUGCAGGAAAAUCCAACAUCAGAGACAAGACAGAACAAUGUGUCUGAAAAGAUCACUGGCAAAAGGCUUAAUCACCAGCUGGAGAGUUCUUCUAUAAAUGCUGAGCCACAACUCCAGGAACGAUUGGAUGAACAACCUGUGCCCUCCUCAGUCACUAUAGCAACUAAAAAUGAAGUGGCUGAAAUUCAACCCCUUCCCUAUAACCAUGACAUAAUGAAAAGUCAAUCUCUCAGUUUAAUAGACAAUGAAAACAAACAAGUAUUUCCAAAACAUCAGGACAAAGAAACACACAUGGGAGGAACUGAUCAAAUGGAUGAUAAUGUGCAUGUGGGCAGCAUUGCCGUCAGAGUUGCACCAGCAGUAACUGUGAAGGACAACCCAAAACCUCAUGUCACCCCCGUGCCUUCUGAUUUAGUUCCUGCUAAUGAACAAAACCAAGUUGGUUCAUCUGUUCUUGUACAAAAAGUGAUCUCUUUCAACAAUGAAGACAGAAGCAAAGACCUUAUUUCAGAAAGUGGCGAGGAGCAGAUAGAAAAAUGUUUGGAGGACACAUCUGGUGUUCAAUGUGUGUUGUCAAGUGCAAAGGAACGGUCUGAUUCAUUAAAAAUGAAAAACAGUGAGAUUACUGAAACUGAAAUUGCAAAACCUGAUAAGUUAAACAAAAGCGGGACAUCCGUGGAUGAAUCAAUGAUAGAACUAAUGGUGGGAGACUACUUUCAUGUUCAAAGGGUCGCAGAAACAAGUAAUGAACCACACAGCUCUGCAUACGUUGGAGAUUCGUCGGAGGGAAAGGAACUUCCGAGAUUACCGCCCAACAAGGCAGCUAUCAGCACUGAGUCAUGCUCUGAAGGAAAAAAUGAAGACUCAAUGUGGGAUCAAAGUAAAAGGAAAAAAGUUGAAUCAAGUUCUGGGAGAAAGAACCGAAAAACUGAAGGUAACCCAGCCUCAAAACCAAGUUAUGGUCCCUCAGAGAGAUGGAGUAAUAAAAAGGAGAAGACAGAUGCAGGUCAAGCUAGUCAUAUCGUAAAACAUCAUGCAGACAAUCGGUCCACUUUAUCAGCAAGGGAAAGACAGAGUACAAGAAGUUCUGAUGCAACAAAGGACCAAAAGGUCAAAGAAAAACCUGAAGUGAAACCAUUACCAAAAGAAAGGGUGCCCACAAUACCUGAGAUUUCAGCAAUUGCAGACUAUGCAAGGUUAAAAGUAAUUGUUUCAGAAGACGAGGAGAACGUGAUUCAGGAAUUCCCACCCAACAAAAAGGAGGGAUUCUUUCCGCUAAUACAAACUCGUCAAAGCCGACGUCCAGUGUUCACUGCUGACCCGCAAGAUCUGUCUGUGAAAGAUAAACAUUUGCACAAUAAAACCGAGGCCAGCCCUAAAGUGAACAAAGAGGCCAAACCUUUAGUAUUUCCCAUAACAGAGAAAGAACACCGAAGAACAGGGAUGUUCAAGCUGGCAGACAAAGAAACACAAGAGAAAAAGCCUUUGGAUGCCAAAGACACAGCGGCAAAACAUGCAAAACAUGCACAACAUCUCAAAGGCAGAAACAAGUCCCCAACAACUCCCCAUGAGAACCAAAGGAGUGAAGCGCGAGAAUCUGGACGCGACACAGUUUGUCCCGUGGCACAAAAUAUUCAUCGGCCAAACAAUCCUCCCGUUGAAGCAGUAACCUCAACUUCUGCUGUGAACCAGCAGAGAAGCACCUCCAUCAAGCCCCUGGAUGCCUCCACUCCGCACGAAGACCCUGAGGGCCCAGGGUUCAACACACAGGGAGAACAGCAGAGAGUAGCCGAGCAGUUUGAGGAGAGAAACACUUCUCGGCCGGAAGAGGAGAAAAGAGCAGAAGACAUGCGAGUGAAACGUUUGCUGGAGGAGAACAGAGCUUCUUUGGCCCAAGAGGAGAGAAGAGCCGCUCAGAGAGAAGAAGAGAAGAGGGCAAGAGAGCGGGAGGCCAUCGCUACGAAAAUAAAGCAGAGACGGGAAAAACAGAGAGAGGCAGAAAGAAGAGCAAGAGAAAAACAAGCUGCUCUAAAAGAAGAGGAAAUGAGAACAAAGCAAAGAGAAGAAGAAAGACAAAUGAGAGAAAUAGAGGAGAAGAGGUUGAUAAUGAUUGAGAAGGAGCGAAGACAAAAAUUGAGAGAGGAGGAAGAGCGGAGGAAAGAGGAUGAGGAGAGGAGGUGGAAACAGCGUGAGGAUGCCAUAGCCGCACAAGAGGAGCAGCAGAGGAGAGCUGAUCAAGAGGAGCAGGAGAGGAGAGCUGAUCAAGAGGAGCAGGAGAGGAGAGCUGAUCAAGAGGAGCAGCAGAGGAGAGCUGAUCAAGAGGAGCAGCAGAGGAGAGCUGAUCAAGAGGAGCAGCAGAGGAGAGCUGAUCAAGAGGAGCAGCAGAGGAGAGCUGAUCAAGAGGAGCAGCAGAGGAGAGCUGAUCAAGAGGAGCAGCAGCAGAGGAGAGCUGAUCAAGAGGAGCAGCAGAGGAGAGAGGCAGAAGAGGAGCAGAAGAGGAGAGCUGAUCAAGAGGAGCAGCAGAGGAGAGAGGCAGAAGAGGAGCAGAAGAGGAGAGCUGAUCAAGAGAAGCAGCAGCAGAGGAGAGCUGAUCAAGAGGAGCAGCAGAGGAGAGAGGCAGAAGAGGAGCAGAAGAGGAGAGCUGAUCAAGAAGAGCAGCAGAGGAGAACUGAAAAAGAGGAGCAGGAGAGGAGAGCUGAUCAAGAGGAGAAGCAGAGGAGAGCUGAUCGAGAGGAGCAGCAGAGGAGAUCUGAUCUGAUUGAGGCGCAAAGGCAAGCUAAACAUAUUGAGGAACUAAUACUCGCUGAAAUUGAGGAUAAAAAUAAAAUAAAACAGAGAGAAGAGAGGGAAAGGAUAAGAGAACAGGAGCAGGAGAUUGAAGAGCAGAGGCAUACAAAUGAAGAAUUGAUGAGAAGUCAGAGAGAGGAGGACCAAAGGAUUAGAAACAUGAUAAAACAAAGACAAGUUUUGCAAAUUGAAGAGGAAAGGAACAGACGCCUUGAGGAGGAUCAAGAAGCCCUGAAAGAAGAGAAGAGAGUAGCACAAGAAUGGAUGCAAGCUCAAAGAGAGGAGGAGAGCAGGGCUAAAAUCAGAGGAGGAGAAGAAGAGAAGUUAGCAAAUCACAGAGAAAAGGAGAGAGACACUCGGAUGGAGGAGCAGAAGGCACAGAGGAUGGAUGCUCUCCAGUACUACGCCAUUACCUCAAAACCUACAGACAGGAAACCGAUAGAAAGAGAGCGACGCUCGCCUCCGCCUUCUCCACAAAGACACAAUAUGUCGAGGCUCGCGUCAAGUGAGAACUCAGGAUCCCACGCGAGGUCUUAUAGGCCGCAUGCUGCUGCAUCUCCAGCUCCAUCUCUGCCCCGCUCCAACACCUCCUCUCCCUCUCCGGGAGCCAAGCCCUUGAUGUUCAGGGUGAAGGAUAACACCAUCAGAGGCUCCUCUCUCACCAAGUCGGUCAAACCGCGCUUCCAUAAGAACUUUGGGGACGAUUUCCGGGUAGGUUCACCUAUGGAAAGGGCGUCAGGGAGAGAAGAGGAUGAGCAAGACUCACUGAGACGCAGUGCUGGAACUCCUGUCUACCCCGACGCAGGGUUGAACAGACUUGACGCAGACAGAGAAUCUUCCGCUCUCCAACCAGCACAUUCAUCACAGGAUUACUCAGCCCCUCUCCAGCAGCGGAAGCCCUACUCCAGGAGGAGCAUCGUCUUGGAUGAGGACGACUCCCGCUCCGUCAUCAGCAAUGUGUCAGAGGGUGGGGAGAGUUUUGCCACCAGUGCGGCCGACCUGGCAGAUAUACGAGGCCUGUAUGACUACGAGAGGCCGGAAUCCGCCUGUAGUUUCGGCAGUGCGGCCUCCCGUUCUUUGGGCAGGCCUCCGACCGUCCCUCCCAAGAGCGAGAAAGCCCUGCGCAGAGCGCAAAGGUUGACGACUCGGAGGAUCAGGAAGGAGUUGUCCAAAAUCGACGGCCACGCUGGAGUUGAGAAAUCUCUUCAAGAAGUCUCCAGCGUUCCUUCCUCCUCGGGCGAGGAACGCUCCGCCGGCCGCCAAGUCGUGGCCUCCCCUCAUUUUGCCUCACCCAUCUCACUUGCUCACGCUCCAACGUCUGUGUCCAGCUUUCCCUCUGCGCUCACAGAGCGCCCUUCCUCUCACAGCUCUUUCUAUGCUACCCCUCAUGUCACUGGUCCUAUCUCACUCCCAGUGGCUUCCCUCCCCGGUGCCUCGUCCAAAGCGACUGGCACCGCUUCCCACUCCGCUCCUCCUGAGACGAUGGCCCAUGUUCCUCCUUCUCCCGCUCUCUACCCCGCCAACCACCAAGCCCCGGUGGCGCAGUACCACGUAGAGUCAAGCUACCCCCAUUCCUACCCACUGACCCAGCGUAAGGUGCUGCAAGACCUCGGCUCCGGUCAGUAUUUCGUGGUGGACGUGCCCGUCACAGUGAAAACGAAGACGUUCUUCGAUCCAGAGACGGGGAAGUAUGUCCAGUUGAAUGUGCGCCAGUCAGGCCAGAACUACGUCCGCCCUCAGCCCCAGCAGACACACCCACAGCAACAGCUCCAACCCCAAAUGCACGUCAAGCUUCAACAUCAGGCCCCGGACCCCUCAGCCAGCAAGCCUGCUGUGCUUCAUCAAGGCCACCGUGACCAUCCCCGAGACCACCAGCCUCCGACCGGCACCUCUGUGCCCUGCCACAGUUCAUCGGCGCCCUCGGCUUUCCGCCAGGAGCAACGUCCCUCGGUGGAGAGCCACGCACAUGGACAACCAGCCCAUCAAAUGGGACAGAAAUGUGAGGGGCAUCGCUACAGUCCCGAGAAGACUCCGUACAUGGACACAGCGAAUGACAAAGAAAAAACAUUUUACAACUUGCACGGACCAAAUGAGUGGUGCCCGGAGGAUGACGCAAACAGCCAGCAUGCAGGAGGCUCAGUUGGUGAAGAUGAUAACUCGGCCCCCUCCCAAUGUGAGCCCCGAGAUAUAAUAACCAUCAGUGAACUGGAAGACUUCAUGGAGAUGUCUGACUGGUGAGAACAAACGAGCUUUCAUUUAAAAAGGCUUAGGAAAAAAAAGUGUUCAAGAAAAUAAGGAUGCCCAAAGCUAAAGGGGGAUGAUAAUUAUUUAUUUAUAAAUGACUUUUUCAAGUGAAAAUAGUCAGUGUUGUUUGGGGUUGUAAUUUAGAAAUGUCCCCAUGACAUGUUGUUAAACAGUUAAUCUGCUGCUGUUGAUUGUGGAGAAUCCCAGUUCUGCUCUUUAUUGCGUUCACCAUUCCAUUUGACGUUUGAAUGUGAGAAGCUAAAAUAUGUUUCUUGUGUAUAAAGAAUGAUCAGCAUCCCGUUGCUUCCUAGAACUACGUCAUUAUACGUAAAACAAAAACAGUGUGUCAAUAAUGAAGAAUCGUUAAUUUUUGCUAUGAACACAAGCAGGUCUGUCUGAGCUUUUAUUCUUUUUUUUUCUCGUUGGGGAAAGCCAACUUCUGGCUUUUUGUGAUGCAUGAAAUAUUGUCAAAGCCACAGCAUCGAAGAAAUAUGAGCAGAUGGUGUACAGAGUAUUUUGUGUAUUCAACCACUGUGUCAAAGUAACAAGAUGGUGGUGUUAUUAUUGCUGUUUUUAAGGUUUUAUUUCAUACAGUAGACAUGUUUAAAGUUGGAGGUUUAUGAGACUGAUUCUGUGGUGCUGUGAAACAGAGUAGAAUGGCAUGUACUAAUUCAGGCAAUAAAAACACACUUCAUUAAAAUACAUAAUUUCUAACCAUAAAAUUGUCUUUCAAAAUGAUGCUUUUAAAGGUUAUAAAUAAACAAAA